AUGGUCAACGGAAAAUGCUCUAAAUUCUUUCCCAAGAGUUACGUCGAGAACACUACGGUUGACAAAGAUGGAUAUCCUGUAUACAGGAGAAGAGAUACCGGAGCAUUUGUUGAGAAGAAUGGUUUCAAGUGUGACAACAGAUACGUGGUGCCAUAUAACAAGGAACUAUCUGUUCGUUAUAAAUCUCACAUAAAUGUUGAGUGGUGCAACCAAUCUGGGUCCAUAAAGUAUUUAUUCAAGUAUAUCAACAAAGGUCAGGAUCAUCUUACUGUUGCAGUUGAACCUCCAGAAAAUAGUCAGCACAGAGAAGAUACGAACAAAGACAACGAUGAUCCUGAGAAGCCGAAGAAUGAGAUCAAAGAUUUUUUCGAUUGCAGAUAUGUCUCAGCCUCCGAGGCGGUUUGGCGGAUUCUAAAUUUCCAAUGCACUGGAGAUCAACACCUGUUGAGAAGUUAG